AUGUCAUCAAGGCCUUUUGAAAGUCCACCUCCUUACAGACCUGAUGAAUUCAAACCAAAUCAUUAUGCACCAAGCAAUGACAUAUAUGGUGGCGAGAUGCACGUUCGACCAAUGCUCUCUCAGCCAGCAUAUUCCUUCUACCCAGAAGAUGAAAUUCUUCACUUCUACAAAUGGACCUCUCCUCCAGGAGUGAUUCGAAUUCUGUCUAUGGUCAUUAUUGUGGUGUGCAUUGCCAUAUUUGCUUGUGUUGCCUCCACACUUGCCUGGGACCGAAGCUAUGGAACUGCCUUAAUGGGAGGUGGCUUAGGCUACCCAUAUGGAAGUGGCUUUGGUAGCUAUGGAAGUGGCUAUGGCUAUGGUUAUGGCUAUGGUUAUGGCUAUGGCUAUGGAGCAGGCUACACAGAUCCAAGAGCCGCAAAGGGAUUCCUACUGGCUAUGGCUGCCUUUUGUUUCAUUGCAGCAUUGGUGAUAUUUGUUACCAGCGUUAUAAGAUCUGAAAUAUCCAGAACAAGAAGGUAUUACUUGACUGUAAUAAUAGUGAGUGCUAUCCUGGGCAUUAUGGUGUUUAUUGCCACAAUUGUGUAUAUAAUGGGAGUCAACCCAACAGCCCAGACUUCUGGAUCUAUGUACGGUUCUCAAAUAUAUGCUCUCUGCAACCAGUUUUCUGCAUCUACAGCUACUGGACUCUACGUGGAUCAAUAUUUGUAUCACUUCUGUGUGGUGGAUCCCCAGGAGGCCAUUGCCAUUGUGCUGGGGUUCGUGGUUAUUGUGGCUUUUGCUUUAAUGAUUUUCUUUGCUGUGAAAACUCGAAGGAAGAUGGGCCAGUAUGACAAGUCGAAUAUUUUGUGGGACAAGGAACACAUCUACGAUGAGCAGCCACCCAACGUCGAAGAGUGGGUUAAAAACAUUUCUGCAGGCUCGCAAGACGUGCUUCCCCCGCCAUCUGACUUUGUGGAGAGAGUUGACAAUUCCGUGGCAUACUCUUCCGAUGGUAAAGUGAAUGACAGACGUUCAUACCCAGAUUCUUCCCAUAAAUCAACACCGGUUCCUGAAGUGGUUCAGGAGCUUCCUGUGACCUCACCCAUGGAUGACUUCAGGCAGCCCCGUUACAGCAGCAGCAGUAACUAUGAGACACCUUCGAAAAGGGCUCCUACCAAGGGGAGAGCAGGGAAGUCGAAGAGAGCAGAGCAAGACCACUACGACACGGACUACACAACAGGCGGCGAGUCCUGCGAUGAGCUGGAGGAGGACUGGAUCAGGGACUAUCCACCCAUCACUUCAGAUCAACAAAGACAACUCUACAAGAGAAAUUUUGACACUGGCCUGCAGGAAUACAAGAGCUUACAAGCAGAACUUGACGAGAUCAAUAAAGAAUUCUCUCGCCUGGAUAAAGAAUUGGAUGACUAUAGAGAAGAAAGUGAAGAGUAUAUGGCUGCUGCCGAUGAAUACAAUAGACUGAAGCAAGUUAAGAGAUCUGCAGAUUACAAAAGUAAAAGGAAUUAUUGCAAACAGUUGAAGAGCAAAUUGUCACACAUCAAGAAGAUGGUCGGAGAUUAUGAUAGAGGAAAAACCUAGAAGGGAGUUGCCACGUUGUUGGAGAGAUUAAGGUGUACCUGUCUGACAUCUCUGCAGUGUUCUCAGAAGGCAAAUGACUGGACUCCAGCCUCGGAGGCUACAUCUUUGUGCUCAUUACAAAGUUUUGGUAGCUUUAAAUCAUCAAUUUAAUAUCAGUAUUGAAGCAUUUUAUAAAUAGCUUUUGAUGACAACUGGGCUGAACGCUCCAAUUAAGGAUUUUAUGCUAUAAACAUUGGUUCUUGUAUUAAGAAUUAGACACCAUUUGAGGAUUUUAACUUUAAAGGAAGGUCCCCAUGUGAACUGUGCUAUGAACUUUGACAUCCUCCUAAGCAUGUUCACACAGGUGAUCUCAUUUCAUCCUCCUGACACCCCUUCAGAUAACUGUUAUUUAUAAUUCUUUUCAGCUAAGGAAACUGGGUCCAUGCACUGAAGUCUCUGAAGUGGUAACUGCUUGUUUUGGUGAAAUCUGUUUUAUGACUCCACUAAUAAAGUCCUUGUCCUUUCAUAUUUUAGCUACUACUUUAGCAUUCUACCAGCCUCCCUAUUGACUUUUUUCUGUGUAUAAAUGAUUAAAAGAGUACCUGUUCUUGUUUUUCAUUGCCUUAAUAAUAAAGAUCAUGUAAAAAUAACAAAUAUGUAAAAUUUAAAGAUUGUAAAUUUAUAUUUACUUUUUAAAAAUCAAAGUGUAAACUUAGUGGUUAGAAUGUUGUUGCAUAUUUUUAAAUACUUUUUAUCUUUUAUGGUUUACAUGUUGUUUUUUAACCAAGUAGACUUUUGCAUUAUAAUAAUUGUCUGAUAACAUAAUUCAAUUUUGACUUGAAUUGUAUCUUAGAGGAAUAUUCAAGUUCUGUAUAUAUUUUAUAAGGUAUUGAAACUGUUGUUUUCUUUCUAUAAUGUAUCUGUUUGAUACCAUUAGUGUUGUUAAUAUUAAGUUGUGGAAAACUACGCUCAGGAAUUUUAUCUGUUGUUUUAAACUAUUUUGGGUGCUAUGCUGGUUGGUAGUUUCCUAAUACUUUGGCUAUAUGCAGGCCGAUUUGUCUGAAAAUAGAAUGCUAUAGUAUAAACACCAAAUUAUUUCAAAUGAUGCCUUUAAAUCUCAGCAUGGUUUUCUAAAAAUUCAAAUUCUUUUUAUACUGUGCAUACAAGUAAUAUAAGUUAAUUGUGAUCAUCUUCCCAAUUUUUAGAGCUGUGCUCUAUUCAAAGUUUAUGUUUUUCUAUAAAUCUUUAAUAAUAAUCUUUAACAUAAUCUUUAGUGUACAAUUCAGACAUUAAAGUAUAUAAUUUUCUAUAAAUAAGCCUGGAUCAUUUUCCAAAGAUAAACUUUUAAAGAAAUAAUGUUUUUAUCAUAACCCUGAUUCAUUUCUUCAAAUUGAAGAAAUUCUUAAUUUUCUGCUGGUGUAAAUAUUUAAUACAAAUAGGUAGUUGUAUUCAGACCAGAAGGAAAGGACUCUCUUUAGCAACUUAACUGAGUUUUAUGUCUGUUAGAUUUUUAAACCUUUGUUCUUGAAAGUUAGUAUACAUAGUUUGUGAAGGCAAGUUUGCUAAUGUUCUGACAAAAAACAAUGAAUGGAAAGAAUAAAAUUUGGGUUGUAAAUGUGUACCAUGAAAUUAGACUUUGAAAUAUAAAAACAAAAUUGGAAAGCAUUUUUCAAAUGUGGUACUUAACUCCAAAGAUUACUUCAGGAAGCCAAGAUCAGGGUGUUUCUGUUGGUUUUGGCCAAUAACUAACUGCGUGUAACUUUGAAAAGCCAGCGUGAAAAAAAUAGGGGGUUUAGAUUAGAUCUCAGCGGUCUUUUUCAUUUUUACUUUCUGUGACUCUUAUGUCUGCAUAAUUGUAAAUGAUUGUUCCAAUGAGUUUGUUGUAAUAACAUGUGGUCUGUCUGAUAAAUGUUCACUUGCAUAAAGCGAUGGGCCCUAUAUGUGUGAUUCCAUAUUAAAAGUGGAUAGGAUCAA